GCUCGUCCUCCUCAACGUGUCGCUGGAGGACAGCGGCCGCUACUGGUGCCGCGCCUCCAACUUUGUAGGAAAGUCUGAAAAUGCUUUCUGGCUCAAAGUGUUCCCCAAAGGUGACCACCAAGACCGCUGGUAUUAACACCACUGACAGGGAGCUGGAGGUUCUGGUGCUGCUCAACGUCUCCCUGGAGGACGCCGGGGAGUACACGUGUCUGGCUGGGAACUCUAUCGGUUUUACUUACCACUCCGCUUGGCUCACGGUUCUCUCAGACCUGGAGCAGGACAAGGAGGACGACUACGCCGACAUUCUCAUCUGGGUGACGGGCUGCGUGCUCUUCAUCCUCACCAUCGUCAUCAUCGUCUUGUGCCGCAUGAGGAUGACCACACAGAAGACCCUUCCCUCGCCCCACGUGCACAAACUCUCCAAAUUCCCCCUCAAGAAACAGCAGGUAUCCUUGGAUUCCAACUCCUCCAUGAACUCCAACACGCCAUUGGUCAGGAUCGCCCGCCUAUCAUCCAGCGACGGACCAAUGCUGGCCAACGUGCUGGAGCUGGAGCUGCCCUCGGACCCCAAGUGGGAGUUCUCCCGAACCCGGCUGACCCUGGGGAAGCCUCUGGGCGAAGGCUGCUUUGGUCAGGUGGUGAUGGCCGAGGCCAUCGGAGUGGACAAGGACAAACCCAACAAACCUCUGACCGUGGCCGUCAAAAUGCUGAAAGACGAUGCUACCGAUAAGGAUCUGUCUGACCUGGUGUCGGAGAUGGAGAUGAUGAAGAUGAUCGGCAAACACAAGAACAUCAUCAACCUGCUGGGAGCCUGCACUCAGGACGGUCCUCUCUACGUCCUGGUGGAGUACGCGUCCAAGGGGAACCUCCGGGAGUACUUGCGGGCCCGGCGCCCCCCCGGCACAGACUACUCCUUCACCACCUGCAAGAUCCCCGAGGAGCAGCUCACCUUCAAGCACCUGGUGUCCUCUGCCUACCAGGUGGCCCGCGGCAUGGAGUACCUGGCCUCGCAGAAGUGUAUCCACAGAGACCUGGCCGCCCGGAACGUUCUGGUUACCGAUGACAAUGUGAUGAAGAUCGCAGACUUCGGCCUCGCCAGAGACGUGCACAACAUAGACUACUACAAGAAGACCACCAACGGCCGUCUGCCGGUGAAGUGGAUGGCUCCGGAGGCGCUGUUCGACCGGGUCUACACGCACCAGAGCGACGUGUGGUCGUACGGCGUGCUGCUGUGGGAGAUAUUCACGCUGGGGGGGUCUCCGUACCCGGGGAUCCCGGUGGAGGAGCUCUUCAAGCUGCUGAAGGAGGGCCAUCGCAUGGACAAACCGGCCAACUGCACCCAUGAACUGUACAUGAUCAUGAGGGAGUGCUGGCAUGCGGUUCCAUCCCAGAGACCGACGUUCAGACAACUGGUUGAGGACCAUGACCGAGUCCUGUCCAUGACGUCCACCGACGAGUACCUGGACCUAUCGGUGAGCUUCGAGCAGUACUCGCCGACGGGGCGCGACAGCGACAGCGCCUGCUCCUCCGGAGACGACUCGGUGUUCGCCCACGACCCCCCGCCUCAAGAGCCCUGCCCCCCCGCCUCACCGCCUAGCAACGCUGUCAUCAGGACUUAAGCCCCGCCCCUUACCCAGUCACGCUGGCACCGCUGGGGCUCCACCUCUUCCUCCACGUCUUCCUCUUCCUCUUCUUCCUCUACAAAGAUGAGAUCUAUUUUUAUACUGGGCCAGUUUUCCAUUAGAGUCUGUGGGAUCCAACCAUUCCAUGGCGAGGUGUGUGCCACUUCCUGUUGAGGAGGAAGUGACCUCACAGCAGGAAAUGAAGACCAUUGGUCAGUUGCUGACCAGUGAUCCUGGGCAUUGAGCUGUGUUUAAUAUGAUAUAUUGGUCAGUACUUCAGUUCAUACGCAUUGAGUAGCGCAAGAUUCCUCCAAUCAGAAGCCCGGACAGUAGAAUCCAGUCUCCGAUGUUUACAACAGACCGGACUCGAGGCGGCUAACUGGGCUAGCAUGCGUUCAGAAGAACAUUACCAAAUACCAUCAAACCAUCUGUGAACUUCAUGGAAGAACCUUUCAGGGCUGUACGUAAAAGCUAUGGUUUGAGUUUUUGUAUCUAGAAAUGGAUUUUAUUGUAAAUAUAUAAAUGCAAGGAUGCAUCAUAUUGCUUUUCACAGAAAUGUACUUAAAACGUAAAAAACACAUUGUCUAGAAUUCUAGAACACACUGUCACGGGAGACAUGUAAUCCUUUUAAGUCACGCAAAAAGUUUAUUUGAAUAAUUAACGUGUAUAUUUGUAAAGGUAUUUAUAGACUUGACAUGUUUGAAAGAUCUAGUUUAGAAUUUAGAUACUGUAAGCAAAGAUUUGUUUUUCUUUUUUUAUAACUUAUUUUACAGUAGAACUGCAAGUCUUCAGAUUUAACAUUUGUCUGUUUUUGUUUGUUUAUUGUCAAGAAAAAUAGAAUGUAUGAUAUGUAUACAAAGAGGAUGUUCACAUACCGUCUGGCUGUCCUCCAAGGUAGACGCUCCAAAUGAUUAUUUUUCCACCGUAAAGUUUUCACUUUAGCAAUGUCAACUCUAAGCUGAUAUCUGGCAGGGCAGGUCCUCCUGCUGCCAUUGAGGCCUUCCUGUCUCCACCAAGUGCUCCAUCCAUCCCUACAGUGUGGUCUCUUCAACAGGGUAUAUGAUUCAAAGGGUGGUGGAUCCACUUCAUCCUAACAGAGUGGUGUCUUUAACAGGGUAGUUGUGGCUGGCCAGUGAAGGGUUGUGUCUUCAACAGGGUAGACGUCAUUGGCCUGUGAGGUCAGUGACGUUCGGGCUUCCAGAGAGAAAGCUGUCAUUGUCGGAUAGCACUUCAGCGAGCCUUAGGCCGCUGUGGUCGUUAGUUAAUAGAGUAUCCUACAUGUCUUAACAGAAGGCUGCACGGUUUAUUCUCACCUUAGCCAAAUGUAGGCUGGGUUCUUCCACAUUAUAAAUGUCUUCCUCACAAAAGAUAAUUUGUUCACCAAACGUGUUGUUAGUUGUCACGUGGCUAGCUUGAAGUUGUAGAAAAGGAGAACAUUCUAGAAGCUACGGGACACAAGAUGUCUCCACCUUUGUGUAGCAGAACGUCAGUAGGGGUGAAGAAGCUAGGAGUGCUAACUGUACGCCCUGGGGGUGAACUGGGGACAGGGGUAUUAUUCAAAUGAAGGAUCGCUGUUAUUUCACAGCAAAUAAAGAGUAAGGAUUUUAUGAAAGCAGAAUCUGAAACAUGUAUCAUGUGGAUGUAAGGCUUUCUCAUGUUGAGUUUGUUGAACCAAGUGCCAAAUUAGUCUUAGUGUUUCUGUUUCUUUAGCAUCUUCUACCGGUUGGUCAGAAUAGAAAUCCUGGGGGUUUGUGAUGGCUAAGCAACAUCACACCUUUAAUUCAAUCACACUUCAGAUGGCAGAUUCUAAUGAUGAACCAUUAGCUAAUAUGGAUAAUUAGAGGACGGAAGGUUUAGGAGGCAGGCAGACUGGAUGAGUUUCGGUCCCCAGACUAUGAAGUGCCUGUACAGUAGAACGGGGAGAUAGCCGACACUGUCAUUGUGUUCUGUGCUGAAUGUACGAUCAGAGCAGACAGCUUUAAUCACGAUAAGAACUCUUUUGCUUUAGCGACGAGAUGGUAGAAAAGACGCUGGUCUGUCUCUCUGUCUCUCUUUCUGUCUGUCCGUCUCUCUAUAUGUCUGUCUCCCUCUCUGUCCGUCUCCCUCCCUCUCUGUCUGUCUGUCUGUCUGUCUGUCUGUCUGUCUGUCUGUCUGUCUGUCUGUCUGUCUGUCUGUCUGUCUGUCUGUCUGUCUGUCUGUCUGUCUGUCUGUCUGUCUGUCUGUCUGUCUGUCUGUCUGUCUGUCUGUCUGUCUGUCUGUCUGUCUGUCUGUCUGUCUGUCUGUCUCUCUGUCUGUCUGUCUCCUGGGGUUUAUGUUUAGGUGAGGUCAUGUUAAUUACAUCCAGUUACUUCAGGUCGACACUUGUGAUGAAAUGUUUUAGGAAAGUCCAAAGUCUACGUAAGAAGAUGAGUUUAGGUGGAUCUUACUGGUUUAUGGACUGGUUAAACCAUCAGCAGCUUACUGGUUAAUGGACUGGUAAACUAUCAGCAGCUUACUGGUUUAUGGACUGGUUAAACCAUCAGCAGCUUACUGGUUAAUGGACUGGUAAACCAUCAUAAACGUACUGGUUAAUGGACUGGUUAAACCAUUAGCAGCUUACUGGUUAAUGGACUGGUAAACCAUCACUACCAUUUGGUUUCAGUUUGCUUUUGAAUCUUAGAUCAUGUUUUGUUUAUUUUAUGUCGUUGCAGGUACAGCCCCGGCAGAGUUCUUAAUAUUAAUUUAUAGUUGAGAUAAAGUUGUAUGUAGACAUGUUUUUCAGUCUUACAGAGGUGGUGUUCACCACAUGGAGUCUGGACUCGAUCUUUUGUUUCUUUUUUCAUUCCACUUCCAGCUAGUGCAGACUUGAAAUCCAGAACUCUCUCCAUUAUUUGUAUGAUUAUUCUUUUUAUCAGCAAAGACUUUGAUUCGAUUUUAUUUGUCCAGUGUUUCGAAUAAAGCGUUGGAGCGAUGUUCAGC